AUUUACAACUUGGUUUGUCCCGCGCCCGUGCCCUGUCCCGCUGCUGGGCCAAGGCUAUAUUAUAUCUAUAUCCAAACUAAUCUAAUCCAUGAUCUCUGUGGUGUGUAUACAUACGUACUACGAUCCCGGUUUUGCCUUGGUACUAGUUAGCGUCAGAGGCAUGCACGAUACUUGCUCAGUAAGCCGUGCGGAAGUCGGUCUCUGGGCCCCAUGACAUACAGAUUUCUACAUACCAGAACUAAUAGCAGCAAUAACAAAACAAAAAAGCCAGAGUCCUCGGGCAUGUGAUGCGGCGCUAAAAGAGCGCUGACGCUAACCCGGCUUAAACAUGUGCCCUUUCUGGGGUCGGGAUGGGGUCUGAUGUCAAGAUUGGACAGGGAUCCUCGAGCUCAAGUUCCGAGGUUCAUUGUGGGGAGAGGCACCAGGCGAAUGAAUUACUUAUCCCAUUUGCUUGCCGGCAGAGUUUCGUUGGUUCCCCUUCCAUUUUCCAUAUAUCCUCCUCAAUUAGCAUUGUUUGUUGUAUCUAUCAAGCAAGCAAGCAUAUCACAGACAAGAUGGGCGCCGCCGACAGAUUACAACAGAUCUCCAACCAGGUCUCUGGUUCCAAAUCAGCAAAGGAGCGCCUCCUGAUCAAGAGCCCCGAUGAUAUCGUCGUGACAGCAUGUCUCCGAACCGCGUUCACCAAGGGCGGCAAGGGCGGCUUCAAGGACACACAGGCGGCUGACUUGAUGGCCGGCGCCCUGAAGGGUCUCAUCGAGCGCUCCAAGAUCGACCCGGCCCUCGUCGAGGACAUCGCCGUCGGUGAGGUCCUGGCCCCCGGCGGUGGAGCCACCGAGAUGCGCGCCGCCGCCCUCGUCGCCGGCUUCCCCGAGUCCACCGCCGUCCGUACCCUCAACAGACAGUGCUCGAGCGGCCUGCAGGCCUGCGUUGAUGUCGCCAACCAGAUCAGGGCCGGCAUGAUCGAGAUCGGUAUCGGUGCUGGCGUCGAGAGCAUGAGCACACAGUAUGGCCCCGGCGCCGUGUCUGAAUUCUCCGAACUCCUCGAGUCGCACCCCGAAGCCGCCAACUGCAAGGUGCCCAUGGGCGUGCUAUCAGAGCAGAUGGCCGCGGACCGCAACAUCAAGCGGGUGGACCAGGACGCGUUCGCGGCCUCGUCGUACCACAAGGCCGGCAAGGCGCAGGCGGCCGGGCUCUUCGACGAGGAGAUCCACCCCCUCACUGUCAAGUUCGAGGACCCCAAGUCCGGCGAGACCAAGACCAUCACCGUGUCCAAGGACGACGGCGUGCGGCCCGGCGUGACGGCCGAGUCCCUGGGCAAGAUGAAGGGCGCGUUCGCGCAGGGCGGUUCCAUCCACGCCGGCAACGCGUCGCAGAUCUCGGACGGCGCCGCCGCCGUGCUGCUGAUGAAGCGGUCGACGGCCGAGAAGCUCGGGCAGACCAUCCUGGGCAAGUACGUCGCCGCCUCCAUCGUCGGCGUCAAGCCCCUGCUCAUGGGCAUCGGCCCCUGGAAGGCCAUCCCCAAGGUCUUCGAGAAGGCCGGCAUCACCAAGGACGACGUCGACAUCUUCGAGAUCAACGAGGCCUUCGCCAGCCAGUGCCUGUGGUGCGCCAACGAGCUGGGCCUGGACCUGGAAAAGAUCAACCCCAAGGGCGGCGCCAUCGCCUUUGGCCACCCCCUGGGCUGCACGGGAGCGAGACAGGUCAGCACGCUGCUCUAUGAGCUCAGGAGGCGCGGGGAGAAGGUCGGCGUGACGAGUAUGUGCAUUGGUACCGGCAUGGGCAUGGCUGCCGUCUGGGUCGCCGAGUAGACACAGUGCAAACGACAGUAAUCAUAGAGUUUGGCGCACCAUGUUAUAUGUAUGAAUUAUAAAUGCAUCGAUAUACACAAACCUCGAGCGGGAUCAGAAGUGAUCAAAG